UGUACUUUGGUUCGUUUGCCGCCAAACUACCCUGUGCUGUGUGCUGCGAUGAAGUUGUUUACUUGUCGGCUUUCGGACGUAUAUACAACGACUGUAGCGUAGAUAAUCACAAACGUGCUCGAGUUACACGUUUUAUUACGUUGUACGUACCACGGAAUUGUCUCUGCGUCCUCAUUGAGACUGGUUCGUCGCUUAAACUUCUCAAAUUUGUGGAGUAUAUUAUGGCCAAGGUUCAACUGGCAAACGUCGCUGUCUUAGACAAUCCUUCGCCGUUUCUGAAUCCGUUCCAGUUUGAAGUUACAUUCGAGUGCAUCGAAGAACUAAAGGAAGAUUUGGAAUGGAAAAUGAUAUAUGUGGGCAGUGCAGAAUCUGAAGAGUUUGAUCAAGUCCUAGAUACUAUUUAUGUUGGUCCGAUUCCUGAAGGAAGACAUAUGUUUGUAUUUCAGGCUGAUCCGCCUGAUGUCAGUAGGAUUCCAGUCAAUGAUGCUUUAGGCGUAACCGUUGUGUUGCUGACUUGUUCAUAUAGAGGUCAUGAAUUUGUUCGCGUGGGUUACUUUAUAAAUAAUGAAUACACAGACCCAGAACUUCGGGAGAAUCCACCUCCGCAACCACAAUUUGAUAAAGUUCAGAGAAACAUACUAGGUGAUAAACCGCGUGUAACUCGAUUUAAAAUAAAUUGGGACGACUGUCCGACUGGAACAGCAAACAAUCUUCCUGAAAGCAUGGAUGCACCAGCAUUAGAAGAUACAUCGCAAGAUGCACCUACGUCUACACUAGGUUUUACAGAGAACACGCAAAAUGGUGGAAUGGAAGUGAUGUGAAAAAUGAUUUACUGCUGAUACUAAUUCGGUAAAUUAGCAUUAUAUAACAAUUUAAAUGAUAAAUGUAGUACCUGGAAAGAAGAUGAAGACAAAAAAGUACACACUUGAUAUAUAUAUAUAUAAAUACAUAUAUUUAGAUAACUUCAAAAAAAACUGC